AUGCCUGUCCCCUCUCAUCCUAAACUUGAAGGCUUUGAUGUCAUUCAGGCCACAUACAAGCAGAUUGGCGACCAUGCCAUUCGAGUGGACAUCCUCAUUCCUCAAACUGCCUAUACCGGCAAACGGCCAAUCCUCGUCCGCACCCAUGGUGGUGCCCUGGUUGCUUGUGACUCAUUAUUCAUGGAUUUCUUUCCCCACUGGGCAGCGGACGUAGCCCUCAAACAUGGAGCCGUGAUCGUGAGCCCCAACUACCGGCUCAUGCCCGAGUCCACGAGCGCAGAGAUCUACGACGACAUCGACGACUUCUGGAAAUGGCUCCACUCCCCAGCUCUGGCCGACCUACUCGCCAGCCACACCACGCCCACCGAGAUAGAUCUCACCCGCAUCCUCACCACCGGUGAUUCCGCAGGUGGCUUGCUAAGCCUCUAUCUCGCCCUAACCUAUCCAUCCCAGAUCCGUGCCUCCACGGCCGGCUACCCGUGGGUGAACCCCAGCUCAGCGGGCUUCCAGGCUCCGCGCACAACCUUACCAUUCGGCGUACAUACGCCCGAAUCCAUCAUCGACGACACCGUGGCUGCUGCGGCUUCUGGCUCGGUCGUGUCGUCGGAUCUCUCGCCUGCCCGGCUCGGAUUCAUGCUUGCGGCUGUCGAGCACGGCCGUUUGGCUGGCUUUUAUGAGCGCCAGUCGGAGGCGUCCUCGCACCGAGAGUUAUUCUACCCUGCCAAGAAACUGGAGGGACCGGGCUUGAGUAUCCCACGGGGAGGAAUUGCCAUCUGGCACGGGCGUCAAGAUACCGUGGUUCCUCUGGAGGACGUGGAGGAGUUUGUGGUGCGGCUGCUUGAAGCCACAAAGGGGCUGCCAAGUGGUGACAAAGUUGUGCUGGCAUUGCGGGAUGGGGAUCAUGGGUUUGAUAUGGACUCUCGGUAUGAGGACGAGUGGUUGCAGAAGGCUCUUAAGUCGGCCGUGGAGGCUUGGCUAGAGUAA